AUGACUUCUUCCAUGGCCUUUCAAUUUGGAGCUUCUUCCUCUUCUUCAUCCUCUUCAUCUCCUUCCAUCCGUUCAUGGAAUCAUGAUGUAUUCUUGAGCUUUAGAGGUAAAGAUAUUCGCCAAAAGUUUAUUUCUCAUCUAAAUCAUGCUUUACUUCAAAGUGGAAUCAAGACUUACAAAGAUAGCGUCGACCUUGAAAGAGGAGAGCAAAUUCUGUCAGAACUUUUCAAAGCUAUUGAAGAGUCACAAAUUUCGAUUAUUGUAUUCUCUAAAAACUAUGCAGAAUCCAGAUGGUGCUUAAACGAGCUAUUGAAGAUUCUUGAGUGUAAGAAAAUAAUGAAACAAAUUGUUCUACCAAUAUUCUAUAAGGUAAAACCAUCGGAAAUACGAGAACAAAAAGGAAGAUUUGGAGAAGCAUUCACUAAACUUGGAGAGAAAAUAAGGGAUGACAUAAAGCCGCUGCUGGAAUCCUGGAAGAAAGCUUUAGAAGAAGUAGCCAAUUUGUCAGGGUUGGAAUAUUUAGCCGGGGAUGAUGAGUCAGAAUUUAUCCAAAAAAUCAUUUUGUGGUUGAACCCAAAAAUAGUCAACCGAACACCUUUAAGUGUUGCCAAGCAUCCAAUUGGGAUUGAGUCUCGUAUACAAGACAUUUAUCAGCAUUUAAGUAUCAAAAGGAAGGAUAUUAUACUCAUGGUAGGGAUAUUCGGAGUCGGUGGAAUUGGAAAGACAACUAUUUCAAACGAUAUUUAUAACCAGAUUUCUUCUCAAUUUGAAGGAAGUUGUUUCUUGAGAAAUAUUAGAGAAACUUCAAAACAAGUGGGAGGUCUGAUUCAGCUACAAAAUACACUUAUUUUCGAGAUCUUAGGAACAAAGUUGGAUAUUAAUGAUGUUGAUAGAGGAGUCGGUGUAAUUUGGCAUAGACUUCAAUCUAAAAGGAUUCUUCUAAUUCUGGAUGAUGUGGAUGACAUGGUCCAACUCGAAAAAUUAGCUGGAGAUCGUGCUUGGUUUGGUUCAGGAAGUAGAGUCAUUAUAACAACAAGAGAUCAACAUUUACUAGAUAACUCUAAAGUUGAUUUAAAAUACGAGGUGAGGACUUUGGAUGACAAUGACGCUCUUCAACUCUUUAGCUUGUAUGCUUUUGAGGAAAAGGAACCAUUGAAGGAUUAUGUGGACCUCUCUAAACAAGUAACAAACUAUGCUCAGGGACUUCCACUAGCUUUAACAGUGCUAGGUUCAGAUCUAAAAGGUCAAAGUAUACAUCAAUGGAAAAGUGCAUUGGAUAAGUAUAGAAAUAUUCCUAACCGAAAUAUUCAGAGAGUACUUCAAAUAAGUUUUGAUAGUUUGGAAGAUAAUGAGAAAGACAUGUUCCUUGAUAUAGCAUUUUUCUUCAAAGGAGAACCUUUUGCUAAGGUCAUGGAAAUAUUUGAUAGUUGUGGUUUUUUUCCGGAUCAUGGUAUCCAAAGACUUAUAGACAAGUGUCUUAUUACUGUUAAAGGGAGUAGUUAUGGAUAUAUUUGGAUGCAUGACUUGCUACAAGAUAUGGGUCAAGAAAUUGUUCGAGAAAAAUCAUCCAAAGAACCUAGCAAACGCAGUAGAUUGUGGUUUCACGAGGAUGUUCGUCAAGUGUUCGAAGAAGAUACGGGGCCAAACAAAAUUGAAGGCAUACUAGUAGAUUUACCUGAAGGGGAUGAGGAGAUAAGCUUGCAUCCCGAAGCAUUUCGACAUAUGGAAAGACUUAGAAUCUUUAUAAAUCGUAAUGCACAUUUUUCUUGUGCACCGUAUUAUCUCUCUGACAAGUUAAGAGUCCUUGAUUGGUCUAAAUAUCCUGUAGAGUCUUUGCCACGUAAUUUUCAAGGGAAGAAACUCAUUGUCUUUAAGAUUCGUGAUAGCCUGGUCAAGGAGUUAGGGGAUGGAUUCAAACCCAAGAAUUUGACAACUAUGACUUUCUUUAAUUGUCAAUUCUUAGAAAAGAUUCCGGAUCUUUCAAGCAUCUCAAAUUUGAAGGAAUUGAUUAUCCAAAAUUGUAGAAGAUUAGUUGAGGUGCAUGAUUCCGUUGGAUCUUUGGAAAAACUUUCUAUGUUGGAUUUUCGUGGAUGCUCUAAACUCCAAAUCCUUCCAAGAAGCCUCAAGUUGAGAUCUUUACACAUGCUUCAUCUUUGUGAUUGCUCAAGCCUUCGUUAUCUUCCUGAAAUCGAGUGCAAAAUGGAAUGUUUAAGGACAUUGACUCUAAAUCACACUGCAAUAGAAGAACUACCUUUAUCCAUCGGGAACUUGGUUGGACUCCAGUAUUUAAAAAUAUCGAAUUGCAAAAACCUUAUGCGUCUCCCAUUUGCUUGCAUUCGAUUGCAAAAUUUAUCUCUCCUCGAGAUUGGUGGUUGUCCAAAACUUGUAAAGAAGAUGAGGGAUGAUGGGCUAUCCCUUCUUGUUAUUGAGUCUACAAAAAUGGAAGAGGAGAUCUCAUUACGUGAAGAACGACUCCAUGAAUUGGUGACUCCAAUGAAUUCAAGCAAUGGGAGCACUGCAUUACAAGUAUCAAAUCUUCAAAUUAGUUGUUCCCAUUCAGAAUCAAAUUUCUUUCCACUAUAUAGUUUCUUUACCAUGUUUAAUUCCUCUGCCAGUUUGAGAUGGUUAGAUCUACAGGGGACUGAAAUUGUUUGCCUUCCCACGAGCAUCAAAGGAUUCGUUCCACUAACUACACUUUCCUUGCGCGAUUGUGAGAAACUUGAAGAAAUACUAGAGCUUCCACCAAAUAUAAGGUACAUAUAUGUAGAGGGAUGCACGUCAUUAGAAAGAUUUCCAGAAGUAUCAAAGAUAUUGCAAUUCGAUGGAAGCCACAUCACAUCACUAGAAACUAUUAAAUUGAGCGGCUGCUACAAAAUGCAUGUGAAUAUAUGGAAUGAUAAAGUGCAAAAUCAUUCAUUGUGGAAGAUUCCAGCAUGGUUGCAUUAUGUUCAUGAGUUUUUAAAAGAUAAUGCAAUGGUGAAGGGGUUUGAUGAUGUCAAAGAAGAGUGGGCAGUAGAUAUUGAGGGGCCGCACUAUUUGGAAGAGAUCAGCGGAAUUGUAUUAUAUCUCGUAAUGUUUUUUGAUGAUGAUAAUAUCCGGGAGGAGGGUGUUGUUGGUGAUGUUAAGAUAACCAGUAACAGCUCAAAUCAUGUACGUUGUAUUGAAAGAGGGGUAGAAUUGGUUAAUUUGGAUCGGUCUGGAUAUCUUGUAUGGGUGGGGUACUCCAAUUUACAAUCUUUUGAGCUCAAGGUUUUGGACAACUUGCGAGUUCAGUUUUAUCUCCAUCAUCCUUAUGAGGAGGCAGUGCCAUUUGAUACAACUUGCAGAGCCAAAGUGGGAUAUCCUAAGCACCAUCGAAUUGGCAUAAUCUUUGUGGGAAACAGGAUUCCAGAUUCAAUUCCGUCAGUUCAGAUUAUGAAAUGUGUUCAGAACAUGUUUGGUUGGGCUACUUUGUUGGAGAAACUGUGUUCAGACAACCUACGUAUUAAACUUUUAUGCACUUCAAAAUCGUUGUUCUUCAAAGCUGCUUGGAUAACCACUAAUGGUGAUGCUAAGAUAACCACUAAUGGCUCAAAUCAUGUAUGCAGUAUUCAAGGGGAAUUAAUGGAUAUGCUGUAUGGGCGGGGUACUCCAAUUUACAAUCUUUUGAACUAA